AUGGGUGGCACCAAUAGUAUUCGUUACGUUUCUUUUGGGUUGAACAAACCUCCUUUUUCACUUCUGAAUUCGAACUUUUCGAUUAAUCGAAGAUUAUCAGAAUAUGUGCCAUAUAGAGAGAGACAUGGCAUGCAGGGUUUCAUCCAUGGCAGAUUAAUAACCCCCAAGGAGGAUGGUGAUUCUAAAAAGAAGAUAGAGGACACAACUUUGAGGUGGAAAAGAUCAGAUGCACUUGUCAUAUAGAUCAGUGCUUCACAUAGAGGUUUCCAUGGGAGGCCACCACCAAAAAAGAGGUUUCCUUUAUAUUGCUGUGGAAGACGAUACAAUUUCUACCAAAGAUUUGUGUAUCCUUGUCGGUUUUUCACUUGCUUAUAAUCCAUUAUGAAUGGACUAUUUAUAUGCAGCAAAUGCCAAUGUUUCCAACUUUGUAUUGGUUAAUCUUUCCUAGAUCACAACUACCUUCUUUGGAAGAUUGCCUCAUGAAGUGUUACAAUAUGAUAGGCAUGGUAGCUGCAAUAUUUAUCUUUUAUAGGAAACAUUAUGACAACUUUGUCAAAGGUUGGAUCUUUGGUUCAAUUCAAUACAACAUUCUUGUCAAAGGUUGGAUCUUCAGUUCAGUUAUUUUUCACAAAACAAUACCAUGGUUGUCAAAGGUUGGAUCUUUGGUUCAAUUAGAUUUCCAAUUAGUUUUUAUGAAACAAUAUGAUAGUCUUGUCAAAGGUUAGACAAAUAUGUAAAAGAUUGGAUCUUUGGUUCAAAUAGUUUUCAAGAAACAAUAUAACAAUCUUGUGAAAAGUUGAAUUUCAGUUCAGUUUGUUUUCAUGAAACAAUGUAAUAGUAUUUUCCAAGGUUAGAUCUUAAUUUGAUUAAGGUUAGGUCUUUGAUUCAAUUAGUUUGCAUUUGCUUCAUGCAACUGGACUCGAUGGAACUAAACAAGCUCUGAAGUGUUGCUUUGAUUCAAUUAGUUUGCAUUUUUUAUUGUAAGGGCACUUGCAUCUUUUGAUCCAGAGCGAGUCCUUCCCCACAAGGUGGGUUGUUGAACAAAAUGUAGCGGCUGUUGGUGUACCUCUGGAAAUGAUGGCAACAAUGGGAAAAGCAAUGUCUGAAGCAAAACAUGUUCUUAAUCAUAUUUGUAGUUCAGUUCUCACCUCAUAAUUGUUUCCUUAGUCUUGUUAUUAAAGGUUCUCACAUCUUGUUAUCGAGAUUGACUGAGACAGAAAUUUAUGAAACCAAAACAGCAUUAUUUUAACAAAACCCAACCAAAAACUACAGCAGC